AAGAAAGGCUGACUGUUGGGCAGAAUUUGAGCCUACAAGGAAGAGACUGGAAUCAUGGAGAAUUGCUUUUGGAAAAGACAAGGUCUGUAUGUCCUUCUCUCUUUCUCAUUCCUUAGAGUAAUGUGUGCUUCAAUUCGCUUUUCUGUCCCUGAAGAAAAGAAAAAGGGGUUUCUGGUGGGUAAUGUACUCAAAAAAUUGAAACUGGAAGCAGGGGAGCUCUCAGUCCGCAAAGCACAUUUAGCUGCUGAGGGCACUCAGGAAUACUUCCACCUUGAUAUUCAGACUGGGGAUCUGUUGAUUAAGGACAACAUAGACAGAGAAGCUUUAUGUGGCCAGAAUGAUCCUUGUGUACUUCUAUCUCAGCUUGUUUUGGAAAACCCCUUAGAUAUCUUUAAUACUGAAAUCAAGAUAGAAGAUGUGAAUGACAAUGCCCCCAAAUUUUGGAAAAACGAAGUGGUGCUGGACAUUCCUGAAAAUAUUCCUGAAACUACAACAUUCCCCUUGGAAUCAGCACAGGAUGAGGACCUGGAAGAAAAUAGUAUCCAAAAUUAUACUCUGAGUCCCAAUGACCAUUUCCGGCUUGAUGUGCAAAGGAAUAAAGAUGGAAACCACUAUGUAGAUCUUGUUCUGGAGAAGUCACUAGAUAGGGAGAGGAUGGCACACCUUGGAUUGACUCUAAUGGCUAUUGAUGGAGGAGUUCCAAAGAAAACCGGCACAGUUCAAAUUAAUAUUAAUGUUCUGGAUAAUAAUGAUAACUUUCCUCUGUUUAGCAAGUCUGAAUAUAAGGCAAGAGUAAAGGAGAAUCUGCCUCAGGGCACUCUUGUAGUUAAGGUGGAAGCUACAGAUCUGGAUUUGGGUUCAAAUGCACAGAUCCUCUACUCAUUCCAUCGAGUCCUAGAAAGGAUAAACACUUUAUUUUUUUUAAAUGAAAUUACUGGUGAAAUCAGUGUUUGGGGACAGAUUGAUUAUGAAAAAGAAAAAAGUUACAGCAUGAAUAUCAGAGCAACAGAUGGAGGGGGUCUUUCAGGUCAUUGCAACAUACUGAUUGAGAUUGAAGAUGAGAAUGACAACCCUCCAGAAGUGUCCAUCAUAUCUCUGACCAACACUUUAAAGGAAGACUCUCCCCCAGACACAGUAGUGGCCGUCUUCAGUGUUAGAGACCAAGACUCUGGAGACAACAGCAAAACAGGCUGCUCUGUGGAGAUGAACCUUCCUUUUGUGCUCAAAGGCACCACAAACAACUUUUAUCAGCUUGUGCUCCAAAGUCCCCUAGACAGAGAGACGGUCACUGAGUACAACAUCACCAUCACAGCCAUUGACUGCGGCUCUCCUAGGCUCACUUCAACAAGGUUGAUUAAUGUUCAGAUUUCUGACAUCAAUGAUAACCCUCCUCUUUUUGAAAAGCCUUCAUAUGACAUGCAGAUCCGGGAGAAUCAUAUUCCAGGCUUGCUCAUUGGCUCAGUCCACGCUGUGGAUCUGGACAUAAAGCAGAAUGCAAAAGUGACUUACUCAGUUCUGCCUGGGAAGGGUGAUGGCCUUUUGCCAACUUUCAUUUCAAUCCACUCUGAAACUGGAAACCUGUAUGCCCUCCGAUCCCUGGACUAUGAGCAGAUAAGAGGCUUCAGAGUUACUGUGAUGGCCUCUGAUGGUGGUUCUCCUUCCCUGAGCUCAGAAGUGAUUGUCCGCAUCCACAUCAUAGAUGAAAACGACAAUGCUCCCUUCUUCCUGUAUCCCCUCCAGAACAACACAUCCCCAUGCAAUGAGCUGGUUCCCAAGUCAGCCGAGGCCGGCUAUCUGGUCACCAAGGUGGUUGCAGUGGAUGCAGAUUCUGGCCAAAACUCUUGGCUUUCCUAUGAAUUGCUGAAGGCCACGGACCCAGCCCUUUUCAGCAUAGGAGCGCAGAAUGGGGAAGUGAAAACCAGGAGAGCCCUGAAUGAGCGAGACACAAACAAGCAGAGGCUGGUGAUUCUGGUCAGAGACAACGGUCUUCCUCCCCAGACCAGCACGGCAUUGCUUAAUGUCCUUCUUGUGGAUGGCUUUUCGGAUCCCUUCCUGAGGAGGGUGGAUGUCAGUGUGCAAGAACCGGAAGAAGACAAAACCUUGACCAAGUAUUUGGUGAUCUGCUUGGCUGCUGUCUCCUUUGUGUUCCUGGUCUGUAUUGUUGUGUUUAUUGUGGUCAAAUUCCUCAAGAAGGACCCCCAAAGCCAAUUUACUGCAGCUGUUCCUCACUUCCCACCUGCCAGUGCUGAUGCCCCAGAGAACUGUGCAGAUUCACAGAAUGGGUCGCUUCCCAGGACUUACCGUUAUGAUGUUUGUUUGACUGGUGGAUCCUUAAGUAGCGAGUUCCGAUUUCUCAGGCCCCUCUUUCCUGUCUUUUCGGUGGGAGAUGUAAAUGUCCCAGGGAAGUCUAGGAUUUCUUCAGACAUCAAGGAUACUUCUGAGCAGAUUGUAAAUAUUGCAGCAAAGAAACAGGGUAAAGUUCCUUUGUCUGAAGAUCCUGCUGCUAAAUCUGGAGGCCCAAGCUGUACUGUAAAUCAAGCAAUAGGUGUAAAUAUGAACUCUGGUCAAAGCGACUGGCUUUCCUAUCACUAGAUGACAAUUACCAACUCCAUCCUUCAUUCUGUCUCUGUCAGAAGAUACAUGCAAGAAUCAUCUAGACUGAAAAGAAUGGGUCCUCUGUAUAAAAGAACAUCAGAGACAAACUUUGAAAACUGUUUAAAACAAGCCAGAUUGAAAAUAACAAGAAUGCCCUUUUGCUGUUCCAUUCACUUUGACUGAAUUUGUGUGGAGUGAUAUACAAAUGGAUUAUGUGCAUACAUUUUACCUAAUAUGUAACUGAUUUGUUAUUUCUGCUUUGUAAACUUUUACAAUAGGCUACUGUUUUUUUAACCUAGGAGACCCUGCUGCAUGUUUAUCAUUAUGAUUCUUUGACUUAUGAUUAUGAGAUUAUGCUCCUUCCAUAAAAUAUUUUAAAUAGCUAUAUUAAUUUCUUGGACAUUUUAUUUAUUUAACUAAUGGUCAAAUAAAAUGUACCUACAUAAAUUUUGGGUAACACAAGUGAUUAGAUAUGCUUAGUUAGAAAAAAAGUGAAUGAUUUUUCCAAUGAUGGUGCACUUAGAUCCUAGGUGUACCUAAGUCCUCAGUUACAUCAUUAUCUGAGGUUAUGCUUGAAAUAGUGAUUUUCACAAUACCCAAACUCUACAUGUGCAUGUUUACAUGCAAAAUGGAAUUUCAGUAAUAUACAAUUGUUCUUGAUUUCCUGCAAUCACAAUGUACAGUAUGUAGAUACUGUACAUUCAUACACACAUACAUGCAUGUAUACAUACAUAAUAUACUGCAAGGCAACUAAUUCUCCUUUGGAAAAAGUGGAAUGAACUAUGCACAAUUUGAAAAGAGUGCCAUGCCCUCAGUGGCAUUAUAGUCAAGAGGACCAAAUAAGCUCCCUCAGUCCUUUGCUGUUCUUUUAAGAUCUGUUCACUUACAAUGAUCAGAAUUAUUCCAAAGGUAACUAAAAGAGAUUUAACACCAAUAUUGACAGUCCUUUCUAUAGCAAAAAAGAGUAAUUCAACAUAAAAUCCAUAAGAAAGUACUUCUGUUAAGGACUACUUUUAAAAAUCCUAUCUUUUAAUAUAAUUUUUUGGUUUUGUGCUUACAUAGUUAAAUGAGAUGUCUGUACAUUUUGUGUUUUAUUAGUAAUAUUGUGUUCAGACUAUCACAAAAAUCACAAUUGUAAAGAGAUUUAUAUCUGUGGAUGAAAAAGUGUAGCAAGUAGUAUUAUAUUGAUGUAGCAGAUUAGAUAGUGAAGGAUGCAAUGCGGAAACAACUGGAAUCAGCAAGAAAAUGUGUAAAUGCUUUAAAGGAUGUGGAGUACAGUACACCCAUUUUGCUUUAUGCACUGUAAUCACUAUGUAAAGGGGAAAUAAAAAUACCAUAUACAUAUUGUAAGCCAGAUUUUAAUAUGGUAUUUGUAUGUUCAAAAUUAAUAAAAUUGGUUUGUAAAUUCUUUAAAUGGAAUUAAUAUAUGAAAUCAAACCUUGACAUUGAAACUAUCAUCAUCAUGGUGUCAGUAGUACAUACUC